AUGUCCAGAGGUUAUCCAAGCAUGCCUGUUAUAGUCGAACAGCCAGCGUUUCAACAUGGCGACCCGUUCAAGUCAAUGAAUAAUGAAUGGAAUGUUGGAUUAUUCAACUGUUGUGAUAAUGUAUCUCAAUGCUGUUAUGCAUAUUGGUGUUGGUGCUGUUUUGUUAAUUCCUUAGCUAACACGAUUGGUGAAUCAACCUGUUCGUGCUUAUGUGUUCCAUAUUCGCUGGCUAUGUAUCGCAUGAAAGUUCGAUCCGUUUACCGUAUUAGCGGUGAUAGUUGUAAGGAUCAUUGUGCCACCUCAUGCUGCCCAGUUUGUGUUGGUCUUCAAAUGCGCAAUGAACUUGGACACCAUGGAAUAUCAUAA